UGCAAGCCAUCCGUUCAUGUUCAAGCUCAAGAUCACUAUCAAUGGCGGAAAAACCUCAACCCCACUUCUUAUUCAUCACGUUCCCCAUGCAAAGCCAUAUUAACCCCUCCCUCGACCUCGCCAAGCACAUCGCUACCACCACCGGCGCCGCCGUCACCUUCUCUACCUCCGUCUUCGCCCACCGCCGCAUGUUCUCCUCCACCCCCAACUCGGACAAAGGCUUCAACGAUGGCCUCAUUACCUACCUCCCCUUCUCUGAUGGCUUCGACGAAGAGGGUUACGGACGUGGCUUCUUGGAUGUCAAAGAGUACCGCUCAAUCUUCAGAACAAAUAGUAAACGCAACGUUUCCAUCCUCAUUAACGAGCUCAUCGCCGGUGGUCGGCCAGUGACGUGCAUGGUACACACUAUCUUCUUAAACUGCGUGUUGGACAUCGCUGACGAGCUUGGCAUCCCUUCAGUCCUCUAUUGGAUACAAGCCACCAGCGUGUUCGUGACGUACUACCACUUCUUUCAUGGUUUUGAGAGUCUCAUCAAAGCGUAUAUCGACGACCUUUCGUUCACCGUCUGCUUUCCAGGGUUGCAGCCUCUCCAAAUCAGAGACUUGCCUUCAUUAGUUAGAACCAUCAACUCUGAUAGCCUAGAUGGCGCUCUUCUCUGUUUGUUUAGAGAGUUAUUUGAGUUCUUGGAUGAAAAGCAAGAGGGGAUGAAGCGUAUAGUGUUGAUGAACACCUUCCAUGAAUGGGAAACUGACGCUUUAGCUUCAGUUAGUGCUGAGAUUGAAACCAUACCUAUUGCACUUGUACCAAAAUUAAUUAACUCAUCCAGUUCGAGUUAUCUUUUCAAGGAGGAUGAGAAAAAGUACAUGGAGUGGUUGGACAAGAAGGAGGAGGGAUCAGUGGUGUAUAUAUCAUUCGGAAGUUUGUCAAUGAUGAAUAAGAAACAAAUGGAGGAGAUAGUGAAAGGGUUGAAGGAGAGCAAGAGGCCAUAUCUAUUGGUUGUGAGAAAGGAUAACAAAGAGAAAGAACUACUUGAGAUUGAUGAAGGAGGAGAUGGGAUGGUGGUGGAGUGGUGUUCACAAGUGAGAGUGUUGGCACACAAGGCAAUCGGAUGCUUUGUGACGCACUGUGGAUGGAACUCGACGCUGGAAAGCUUGGCGUUCGGUGUGCCAAUGGUGUGCUUGCCACAGUGGUCGGAUCAAGCAAUGAAUGCGAAGUUGGUGGAGAGUUUGUGGGGGUGUGGAGUGAAGAGUGCAGUUGAUGGUGAUGGUGUUGUCAAAGGAGAAGAGCUUGUGAAGUGUUUGGAGUUGGUGAUGGGGGAUGAAGACAAGGGUGUUGAGAUCAGGACAAAGGCUAAGAUAUGGAAAGACAAGGCUUCGGAGGCUGUGAGUGAAGGUGGAUCGUCUUCUCUUAAUCUAAACAAUUUUUCUUCGAAAGAUUUCUUAAUGAUUGAUUUUAUUUUUAUGUUUGUUAGUUUUUCUAUGUAA